AUAACACACAUGUAACAAAGGCCAGAAGCGUUUCCCUCACUAGAACUGUCCCGGUGCCAAGCAAUUUGCAGACGUUUCAGUAAGGCCAGAGCGUCACACAUCUCAUCCCCGGGGAGCGACACGUCACCGUGCCAGGGAGGGAACCGCGAGGGUCAGGGCCACGCUCUGCCUGCCCCUGCCGCGACACCCACCAGCAUCACCCGUGGGGUGCACACCGCUCUUCCAGCCCCACCCGGGACUCUGACCCCAAAGCAGAUCCCGGCUCCUGCCAAGCCAUCCCACGCUGGCUGGCCGCUCCUGCCGGCGCCGAGCGUGCUGGCUCAGGCUUGCCUUUGCUGAGCAGGAUUUAAAUACCGCAGCGCUCUUCAGAACUCACCCCACCUCCGACAGAAAAGGAAAGUAAGUGCUCUGUGCAGAGAAAGUUUUUCUCUUUCUUUUCCCCUCUCCGGCAUUUCUGUUUUGGAUGGCAUCCAGCUUGGGCUGGCAUGCAAACCCCCGGCUGUUUUUGUGUGUGUAUGCAGAGCGGAGAAGGAUGAAGGGAGAGGGACCGUGAAAAGAUGGGGGGAGGAGGGAAAAACACUCCGGGAUUUCAUCUUUCCCCAGCUCCCUGCUGUCCUGUGAAAGCCGGAGCCAGCUAGCGGCACGGGACUGCCCGCCAAGAAGGAUCUCAGCAUCCAGGAAUGGAGCGUGGGUGCGGGUGUGAGUGAGUGCCCACCCAGCAGCCUGCGAGCCCACGGCGGCGGAUGGUGGGGGCUGGCAGGCCAGCUUCCAAGCGGGUUUUCCAGGGACAGCUGGAGCUGCCGGCAGGGUCAGGAUGUGACAUCACUGACCGGAGAAAAACCCUCGGCUCCGGCUUCUCUAACGAAACCCCCGUGCGCGCUGGAGCGAGGCGGUUCUCCCUGCCGCUGUUGCUGCUGCGAUCCCUAAACUGCCAGUAGUCCCGACAGAGAGCCUGGCUUGGACUUUGUAUCUUUUUAAUUGAUUUUUUCCCUUUUCCUGAAUAAGAGCACAAAGUGCGUCGGAGGGAUUUGAGACUGGAAGCCGCGUGCCGGGGUAUGAGGCCUGGAGCUCCCGGUGUUUGGAAUUACGGCUCUGACAACGGAGUAAUCUUGGGACUGAACCAGAGCUGUUGGACACCACUGAGGCCAUUGGACACUUCUUUUCAGGGCUCGCAGCAAGUUACUGCUAGUAGCAGUGAGGUCCCAGCUCCCAGGAAUGAGAAACCUCCACCCCUGAAGACCCCAGCCCUGGGUUUCAUGUUGCUCUGAGCCUCUGCCCUCACCCUGGCUGGCCCUGCCCACAAUGGCCCUGUGUCUCAAGCAAGUCUUCAACAAAGACAAAACGUUCCGUCCCCGAAAGAAGUUUGAACCGGGCACGCAGCGCUUUGAACUGUACAAGAAAGCCCAGGCCUCCCUCAAGUCUGGGCUGGACCUGAAGGCAGUGGUGCAGCUGCCUCCUGGUGAGAGCAUCAACGACUGGAUCGCCGUGCACGUGGUGGACUUCUUCAACCGCAUCAACCUCAUCUACGGCACCAUGUCGGAGUACUGCACCGAGAGGAGCUGCCCCAUCAUGUCCGGCGGGCUCAAGUACGAGUACAGGUGGCAGGAUGACAGCAAGUACAAGAAGCCGACCAAGCUGUCGGCCCCACAGUACAUGUGCAUGCUGAUGGACUGGAUCGAGAUGCUCAUUAACAAUGAGGAUGUCUUCCCCACCAGGAUAGGUGUUCCCUUCCCUAAGCAGUUCCAGCAAGUUUGUACCAAGAUCCUCACCCGCCUCUUCCGUGUCUUUGUCCAUGUCUACAUCCACCACUUUGACAGCAUCAUCAACAUGGGUGCUGAGGCUCACGUCAACACCUGCUACAAGCACUUUUACUAUUUCAUCAGGGAGUUCAGCCUCAUUGACCACAGGGAGCUGGAGCCUUUGUUUUUCUUUUAGCAUUCCCUGCUUGAGAUCCUAGUGUGAAUUACACCGAGGCAGCAGGAAAGGCAAGCCCAGGUAGGACACACAGCUUCAGACAACAGCUGUCAAGGCCAUGCUGGAGAGGCCUCACCAGAUCUCUGUUUCCCUACAGCCUCCCUUGGGAACCAAUUAGUCAGGCAGAAGGUGAGAGCCCUUGACAACAGCAGGAUUUGUGAGAAGCAGAGACCAGACAGCCCAGGGCUCAUAAAGCAGAAAAUGCACAUAGUUGGUUUUGUAAGAGAAGCAAGUUUCUUGCAGACAAGGUUGAGUGUAGUCUGACCUAGGGAGGACAUGUUGCAGGAAAGAAUUAAUAGGAAAUCCAGUAGUUUGCAUGCUGUGAUAAGGGCUGGGUUGCAGAAAAGGCCAUAUCCAGCAGCAGAGAACCAGGGAAGACCAAGAGGAUAUAACCCAAGAAAGAGCUGAGAAGAGUCCCAGCUGCUUGCUUAAGAUCUGAAGGUGGGGGAGAUGCCCCUAAGUGCUAAGAACUUUGCUCCUCUGCUUUCAUUUGUCUCAGUCAAUUUUCUACCUAUCUACUCUAAUUAUGAUUUAGGGGGAUGAAAAGGUAAUGAUCUAAUUAGGGGAGACUUGAAUGACAACAGUAUCAACUCCAAUUAUUUUGUAGAAAUCAGUUGUAACACAUAUUAUCACAAUGGCCCUCAGCUCCAGACAAUGGCAGCUCAGCAUCAGCCUGUUGUCUGUCAGUGUUCCUCAUGACAAACCUCUUCAGCAUUGUUAUACAGUUCAUAGCAGUGUCAUCCCCUUGGUCUGCUGCUUGCUAAUGUAAAUAAUUAACACCUGGCAGCCAAAGCAGAGGCUGACUUUGCUAAAUAGGCUUUCAAUGCCAGUGACUCACGUGCAACAUGAGAUGACUGAUGGGUCUCCAUAAAUCUCAGGUGAACAGAUUCUUUCUCUGUGAUGCAACCAGUGUCAAACUACAAGGAAAUGAGACACAUUUGCCCCUGGUCUAUCUGUGUCUCAUUGCCUUCCAUCCAAGCCUCAGGCAGAACCAACCACAGGGUUGAGAGGAAGGACCAGGGAGGAGGAAGGGCCUCCUUCCCUCAGGCACUGAGCUGCUUUACAUGUGUAUGAGAGUGUCCUGCAACCAGGCUGCCUCAUCAGCCCAGACAGCUGUCCUAACCUUGCAUUUAGUUAGUCCCCAAGAAUCCCAUGACAGACUUCUAAGCUUUCCCCUGGCUGAAUCUCCCUUUGCUGCUUCAAUUUCCCUUUUGUCAAGCUUCUGUGGGAUGUGAUUUCUUAGCAGCAAAUCUUGGGAUCUGAGAAUGAGAUCCUUUGUACAGCAGAACUAUCAAAAGGCAGUGAUUGACUCUCUCAGUAAAUCAAGGAAGAGGGGCCAGAAAGAAGCCAUGCAACUGCUUCCUUGAUGAGGGCAGCUCGUGAUGCUGGGCUGCAGCACUGGCAGGGGUCCCACUGGUCAUGCACUAAAGCAGAGCUGUGGGGAUUUCCUGGGUGUGAGGAAAGCCUUGGACAUUUGGGGCUGCUCUGAGGAGCUCACUGGUGACUCAUCAGCCCACUGGUCACUGCAGUCCUCCCUGUUCAUGGCUGUUUUUAUGCCUGGUGUUGUGCUAGUGGGGUGGGUGCAAUGCUGUUGCAAGAGGAUGUGCACAGUCCUCUCACCCUCUUCCUUCCAAGAUGUUUGCAAACAUUUCCUGUUUGCAAUGUGAUUUUGUGGCAGAGUUCCAACUUUUCAUUUGAUGGCCAGGUUCUGCACUCAAGUGAUUUUGUAUGUUACUCCUACAGGAAAGCCCUCUCUUUGCCACUGUCCCUGAUGGAUUUGAAAAACAAAGUUCUCAGCACUGAAAAUCAGAGUUUGCUGCUUCUGUCUCUCUUGGAUAUAUAACUAAAGAGCCUUUUAUGGGGUUACUCAAGGAGCAUCAUCCUUUCCUAGUUCCUCUUUUUUCAGAGUUGCAUUCUUCCUUCUCCAUGGACCAGUCCUACUUCCAAUCUAUUUUGGGAGUACCUUUUAAUGUGCAAAUCUUCCUCUGGGGUGCACGAGGGGACCUGUGGGCACACAGAUUCACAAGCCAUGAAGCCGGUGAGCCAGAAUCACUCUUUCCUCACUACAGGAUUUACAAGAUGCUAGUUGAGCUUUUCAAGGCAAGGACAAAUACCAUCUUCCACCAGCUGAAAGCUGGACACCUUCCCAGUGUGGCUGGCAUGAUGCCAUUCUGGCUAAAGAGAAGUCUGUAAUCCUAAACAGAGCUGGAGGUUUCCUGUGGCCCUGUUAUUAGCACUCAUUUGCAUUGCAGUGUGACUGUGAGAUCCUUUGCUGAAACCACAGGUCCUCUGGGUGAGCUGUGGUCAGCUCCUGGAGUGACAGCAGGGAGCUGCUCCGUGUCCCAUCUCCUCAGGCUGCAAAGAGGGCUCUGAGAGUGUCAUCACCUUGUCUGGCUGCUCUGCAACUGAGCAGAGUUGCAGUACCUUCAUCUUUCAGUAUCUCAGCCAAAGCUCUUUCCUUGGACUGCUCUCAAGGCUAGGGCACAGCCAAAAUAACCUUGUGCCACAGAGACGGGGGAAGAGUGCCAGGAUGGAGCUGCUGAGGCAGCUGAGUUCCCAGGAGGGCUGUCAUGGGAAACAGAAGAAGGCUCCCCAGGACUCCCACGGUUGCUUCCCUGGGUUGGUUUUGGACACUUCCCAAACUGCCUGACACAUCACACUACUCCAACCUGUCUUUUGCAUUUACUGUUUCUUUCUUUUCUCUCCCCCUUCA